AUGCUUUUCAGAAGAGAACCUACGGUCAUAAGGUUAACUCCAGAAGAUGUUCUCGAGUAUGACGAGGGUGUCAAUCAUGGGAAGUUGAAGAAGGCAGUUCACAUUGAUGCCACAUCCCUGAAUAAUAAUUCUAUGGCUGAAGAGAUAUCACAGAGCGAUGAUGAUUUUGAUAGCGUUGAAGCAUCCAGUAAAAAGAAGGAGAAGGAGAGAAACUUAAGAAUUGGUCUCCACUCAAAGUAG